AUGGCUGCCGAGAUCCCAGCUGAGAAAUUAGGGAAAUGUCAGUGUGAGACGCAUCAAACUAAGAGUAUCCUCUACCAGAUCCUUAACAAUAAGCAUGGACGCGAGACCAAGUGGCACCAGAGGUAUCGCGGUCCCCACCACUCCAUGGGAAGCCAAGGCUGCUCUUGCGUGGACAGAAGAGUUGUCCUGAAAACACCAGAAGCCACAACUCGAAGAGCUUCUGAAGUGCUCUUGAAGACUUUGACUUUCAUUAGAAACUUGCCUUCUUUUUCUCACAUGCCUUGGGAGGAUCAGGUUGUCCUCAUACAGCAGAACUGGGCCCCUCUUUUUGUCCUGGGCCUAGCACAAGAAGGGGUGGAUUUUGACCUGAGGGAGAUUUCAGCCCCUAGCUUAUUGAAAAAAAUCCUCCUCAAUCAGUCUUCGACAGCUGGCAAUGAACUGGGCAGCUUGUCACCAGGAGCAUCUCUAGAAGAAGUUCAGAAGAUGAAGAGUUUAUUGUGGAAAUUCUGGGACCUGGACAUAAGUGCAAAAGAAUAUGCCUAUCUUAAAGGAAUUAUUCUUUUCAGUUCUGGAUGUCAUGUCCUAAAAUGCCUCCCCUAUGUACAAACACUGCAGCAGGAAGCUCAGCAAGCACUGAUGAAGUUUAUCUCAAUGAUGUUCAACAGAAACCUGGGCAGGUUUGCUUGGAUUCUUCAGCUAAUCACCUCUCUUCGAGACAUUGAUGUAGAUGCUAUUGAAGAGCUCUUCUUCAGGCCCAUCUUAGGAGGGUCUGCCCUAAACAUAUCACAUCUAGAAACCCUAUAUAUCAAACCAGGCUGGUUUUGA